AACAAAUUGGCAAACUUGAAUGCGAGGCAUUCAUGUCCGAUGACGCUCCCGCAUACGGUAAUGCAUGGGAGCACGUGAUGGGCCCUGUCAAAAAUCGGAUGCUCUGUACCUGGCAUGUGAACCGCAGCUGGAAAGGAAAAUUGCAGAAAGUCACUAAUGAGGAAAUUCGAAAAACUCUUCAAGACCAGUUGUUCACUCUCAGAAAUUGCAGUGAUGAGGUUGAAUUCCAAGAGGCUUUACCACGCUUUCUCGAUCAGAAACUGGGUAAAGAAGGUGAGGAUUUUCUUAAGUACUUCAGGAGUCAUUAUGCUGGAAGAGCGACUCAGUGGGCGCACUGUUUCAGAAAAGGCAUUCCAUUCACCACUAACAACCAUCUGGAGGCAAUGCACAGGGACCUCAAGUCAAACUACAUGCAUGGAACGCACAACCAGAGGCUUGACAAGCUGCUAAUGAUACUCUUGGAGCUAACUCGUGACCGGCUCUACAAGCGUCUCAAGUCGCUCAUAAAAGGAAAAACAAAUCGGCAUGCCACAGCCCUUUUCCAAAGGCACCAAGAUGGGAUGAAGAUCCCCGCAUCAGAUGUAGAAAAGCUACAAAAUGGCAGUGGAUGGCUUGUGAAGUCCCAGUCCCAGGCUGGAACUAACUACAAUGUCGAAAGAAAGGGUGAUCCCUGUCAGGGCUGCAUCCUUCGCUGCAAGGACUGCGACAUAUGUAUCGACAGUUACCAGUGCACUUGCAAUGACAGCUUGAUUUCAGUUUCAAUAUGCAAGCACAUUCACGCCGUAGCUUACCUGGAGCGUCGUGCGACAACUGUAGAGGAAGUCGAAACUCAGCCAGACAUGGUGCCAUCAACCUCUUGCAAUGCAGCAGGCUCUACAUUGGUCGAUGAGCCCCAGUCUCUCUUGGAUAACAUUCGGCACAGUGUUGAGAUUAGCAUGCAGAAAUCUGAACCAGAUUCGGAGGACGAAGUACGUCUAGCCUUGAAUGCACUGAACGAGUCCCUCUCGAGGAAAAAAUUGAUAAGCGCUUCGAGUCGGGCCAUGGUAGUAGAGUACCUCGCAAAGGCCAAAGAACUAGUUGAUUCUGCACCCGAUGCAUCAUGUCUAAAACCCAAAGUGGUUCCUCACAACAAAAAAAUGGAAAAGCAACCACGGUACAUUUCAACCAAAAAGAGACGCCCUGGUUCUGGUUCCAUGCAUGUAAAGCGUCCAAACAGGUUGGAGCAACAGUCCAUCAUGAAGGACCUUGUAGACAACAGAGUUUCCUCACGGGUAGCAGCAUCCACUUGGCUUCUUGCGGAUGCUGCUGCCUUAGUCCUUAGGGACCAUGACUACUGUGCAGAGCAGUAG